CAAACAUUAUGGCAGCCACCGUCACCGCCGUACUCGGUGGUAUAGCAGCUGUUUACCUAUUUCUUCGCUUCCUCCUUGACUUAACUCAGGAUGCCAGGGAACCACCAGUUGUCGAGAGUGGAAUCCCCUUCUUUGGCCCCGUGAUUGGGAUGGUCAGAGAAAAGUCACGCUUCUAUCUUCGAUUGAGAGACACGUACAAGCUUCCAAUCUAUACCCUGCGCAUGCCCUUUAGCCGGAUGUACGUCGUGAAUGACACCCAACUCAUCCCCGAAUUGCAGAAACAAUGGCGCACUAUCAGCUUUGCUGCUAUCGCCGCCGAUGCAGGCGACCUUGUCGGGAUGAGUAAGGAGGCUGUCAAGAUAAUGCAUCAGGACCUAAAAAGUGAGGAUGGAUUUAGUGUAAGCUGGCCUAAAUAUAUCAUGCCUGCGAUGAGACCCGGAGAAGACCUCGAUGCGAUAAAUAGGAAGUCAAUCGAGGUCUUUUCAGCCGACAUGGAAAAACUGCGAGCACAGGGGACUGUACAAGUCGGCCUGUGGCAGUGGUCACGUCGAAUCAUGGUUGAAUCCACGACCGAAGCAGUCUGGGGACCACAGAACCCGUAUCGGGACCCGGCCAUUGCCGAAGCUUGGAAGACAUUCGAGGCAGGCUUCUUAACUCUUUCCAUCUUCCCCCUCGCUUCGCUAUUUUUCCCCAAGCUCGUUCGUGCACGUGAGCUUGCGGCCAAUGCCAUGAUUGAUUACAUGCGCAAUGGUGGGCACGAACAAGCCUCUGGGCUCGUACGCAAACGCUUUGAACACCAUCGACAGAAUUUCGGCCUUAGUCUCGAAGACGUAGCGCGAGGGGAGCUUGGGAACACUUUUGCUGUCUUGGGAAAUUCAACCCCCUGUUCUCUAUGGGUCCUCUAUCAUAUCUUCUCAGAUCAGGAGGUACUAACUGACAUCCGCCGCGAAGUUUCUGCCCUAGUGCAUGAAGAAAAUGAUGGAGAAAAUGGCAUCAUUAACACUGUCGACUUGGCUGGUAUUCGCGAAUCUUGUCCUAUACUUUUAAGUACCUUUCAAGAGACGCUACGACACCGCGCCGUCAACCCCGGCCCACGCCAGAUUCUUGAAGACGUGCUCUUGGAUAAGCGCUUUCUUCUCAAGAAAGGAAGCAUGCUCAUGAUCCCAGCUCCGGUACAGCAUACCGAUGUUUCCGCGUGGGGUGAAGACGCCAGGGAGUUCGACCAUUUACGUUUCGUACGUAAACCAGCUUCUGGACACAAGAAACCAAAUCGGAUAGCAUUCCGCGCAUUCGGUGGGGGACAUGUUCUCUGCCCUGGUCGCCACUUCGCAAGCAUCGAGAUCAUGGCGCUUGCAGCAUUAUUGGUGCUUCAGUUCGACGUCGUGCCUGUCGCCGGUAGGUGGGUUGAACCCAAGUGUGACAAUUCGCCAGUUCAAGCGGGCUUCCCCGUCCCAGAUGUGGAUAUCGAUGUCGAACUUCGACCCAGAGAUCCCGAAAGGAGGUGGCGUGUGACAUUUACAGGGACAGAUAAGGCUAUGGGUAUUGUAGCUGAAGAUAGUAUCCCUGACAAUGAUAUUUGA